GGUUCUUUUGGUUCGGUGGUUGGCGCCUUGUUGGCCUUGUCUGUACCUCUGUACUGUACUGUGCUGUGCUUAUACGUCUUGAUGGAUACGCUUGCACUUUAUAGUUUCGAUGACGGCUCUCUUGGCGUUGCAACUGUCAAAUUCAUACGGGAUUAUAAUCCUGUAUGCCACAACGCCAAAGUGUGGCCGCGAUACAAGGACGCCACUCAAAAAAAAAACUGGGUUAAAGUGAAUUGGCCCAACCAGGACAAGUCUGGUAACUCAACAGGGGGUACAAGCGUCCACGCCGCUCAGGUCGUCCGUUUCGGAGUCUCCCGUCCCGAGCUGGAGAAGCUCUUAAACAAGAUGCUGGACGAGCGGAAUGCUGUGCCCAAGAAGGACGAGAAAAGGCAAGUCCACAAAAAAAAAGAUAACAUGGAAGACAGGCUUGUCAAACAGCUUAGGGAUGACCUGAGGGAACAGAAGCUCUUGCACGCAUCUCCUGGUGGCCUGGAGGAGCCGACCGACUUGCCGCCACAAGUUCAAGAGCCUCUCGCGGUACCUGCCCUGGCCAGGGCCGAAGAGAGUGGGGCAAGGGUCUCCUAUGCAGAUGCCAUGGCUGCAGUGACCGAGGCCAGGGCUCAGGCCGAGGCGAGGGCUGUACUCGCCGAGGCUAAGGCAGAGCAGUCUGAGGCCAGGGAAAAGGAAAUCUCAACCAAACUGGAGCUAGCUGAGGCCAGGACGGAGGAGAUUGAGGCGAGACUGGAGCAGGCCGAGGCCAGGCUGGAGCAGGCCGAGGCCAGGCUGGAGCAGGCCGAGGCCAGGGCAGAGGAGGCCGAGGCCAGGGCAGAGGAGGCCGAGACCAAAGUGCUCCAAGGUAGAGCACAGAUGACUUUUGUGCUGGACGAUCUCCUUCCUGCUUUGAGAGAUGUGCCACAGAUUCUUGCAAGCCUUCAGCAUCGUGAAGCAGCGGGCCCCAUGCUUCCAGGAGUGCCCGGGAAUGUGAUGGAGAACACGGUACACUUCGGUGAUAUCGUGGUGACCGACGUCCAGAUGAAGCGGCUCGACGGAAAGCCGGCAUCCCUGUACACACAGGACCUGGCUGUGAUGGUGUUCGGGAGCGACGCUCUGGCAGAGUGCUGCCUUUCCGGCUCUGUGACAAAAUCAUCCCUGCCUAAAGAGCCGGUUCAGGACCUGAUAGAUCACGUGAUUGCCAAAUUUCCGGGUGAAUCAUCAAAGACUGUCAAAGAGUACCUGAGGAGGAAGUGCAGUAACACCUCAUACUUGCGAAAGAAGAAUAUAAAUUAACAAACAAGAUUAGCUUUCUUUCAUUUAUUUAUUUUCACAAGUUCAGAGAUUUUAGUUUAUAAUGAUUUUAGAAGCUUUUAAAUUAUUUUAGAAUUUUCCAUGUUUAAGGCAGCGGCCCCACGACGCAAGCUUUAAUGUUGGCUUUUUAGGUUUUAUUUUUUUAGGGGUACUUAAGAAAUAGCUACAGAGCUGUUGUUUUGCAGCUAUGUUUCUAAUAUCGGUGGGUAAAUUACAGCAACACGUUAUUGACAUAACUAGCUUAUGUGAUCAGAAAAUUGGAAAUUUAGAAAUUGCUUACUGCUUCCAAGAUUUCUCCUUUAAUAUUAAAGCUUGGGUUACCAUUUUUCCGCUCGCAUUGUCACGGCUACAGGCUUUGCUCUAUGGAGCCCGUUUCUGAAAUUUCAAUUAAUAGGUCAAUCAAGUUUGGUUGCAAUUUACCCACCAAUAUUAGAAAAAUGCCUGCAAAACGACACCUCUGUAGUUAUUUUCCAAGUAUCAUAAAAAUAUAAAAUAUAAAGGGCAACUCCUCUUCAUUUUUGUUUUUGAAAAAAAUGAUGCAGUCCUCUUCAGUAUCAUUUAGGAAGGGGACCACACGUCAAAUAUUGCGAUAAAGUUCUAUGUAAAUGUUUCUUAAACGGUCCGGCAAACAUUGCAACUUGCCAUAUUGCCGAAAUCUGCUGAAUCGAGCCGGCAAAUUGAGGCGCAACCAACAGUGCAGUCAAGGCUACUGCGUGGGCAUAGCAAACAUUGAGCUAAGCAUCAUCACCAUUUUGCUUGUUUUUACUUCUCCGGGCAAGCACAACAGGUGAUGUCAGUAACGUUUCUUCUCCGUGCACCUGCGCAGCAUACUUCUUGGGAGCUGCCAGGCCUCCCCACCGUUACCUCCUGAUGUCUCCCGCAUCACAACCGCCGUUGUCGUCUCACCGUUUGUGAUUAUUGUCCCUCGGAGUUUCGUCCACACACCGGACACCAUGUGCGCAGACUUAUGC